UACAUCUCACCCUCUACCCUUUGCAACCUUUGAAGUCAUAUAAACCGAAGUUGCAAACACCCCAUUGCACUUCGCCGCCACCACCCUCGUCGGAAAGCACUCACCGCCUGCGAUUAAUACGACAAAAACCGCCUCCUUCUCCGUUACACAAGUUGGAGUGGGCUAAAAGGAACAAAGGUUUCAAAAGGGGUGGUUCCUCUCUUUCCCACUUCACACUUUUCCCUCUCUCAACUCUAUUGAAAUCUCCAACUUUUUGGGAUCUCUGUUCUUCAUUCUUCUUCUUCUUCUUCUUCUUGUUCAUAUUCCCUUCUUGUUCAAUUUUUGAACAACAUCAUCAAAAACAUCAUCAUGGGAUUGAAGGUUUUGCAAUUGUCACAACCAGUUCUACCUCAUUCUCCAUCUUCAUCACAAGCUCUAGCUUCUGCAAUUUCAUCUCCCUCUUCCAAAUCACGAACCCGCAACAAUGGAGGAGGUGGUGGAGCGGUGGAUUCUCUAGUUUGCAGAUUUGUCCAGCACCGCUCGAGUCUCCUCCGAUCGACGCAGCAGCUUCUUCACCGGUCUAGAUCGUUUGACCACUACCCAGUUCCCACUCGCAGAGGGGGAACCAUAACCAGAACCUGCAGCGCAAGCUUUGAGUCAUCCUUCUCCUUCUCCGAUGAGGAAUUUGCCAAGAAGAUCGAGAAUUUAGCUCUCAGGUUCCAGCUCUCCGAUGACACCGAUGCAGCGAGUUCGAGUUCGAGUACAGAAACCUUCUCUUCGAACUCCUCCGGCGAGGAGCUACCUUCCUCUUCAUCGGUGAACUUCGCGACGGAGUUUGAGCCGCCGUGGACCGCCGGAGAGGAGAUAAUACCGAAAAUCAUCGAGUGGAAAGCGAAGAGUGUGGAGCUUCCGUUUUCUCUCAGAAUCAUCAAGAAGAAGCUCCAGCUGAAAGAUGGGUUCAGAGAGGCAGGGGAAUCAGCAUGCUGCUCUGUGAAGAAGGCUUUCUCUUCCAUGGUGUUCAUCAUCAGAGAGCUUCACAGCUUCACCUUGCAGAUGAGGGAGGUUCUGUUUUUCGUAGACCUUCAAGGGAUUCUGCAGAGAGUGCAGAACGAAAUGCACGCGUCUUUCGUUUGGCUCUUCCAGCAAGUGUUCUCUCAGACCCCAACUCUCAUGGUGUAUGUGAUGAUUCUCCUCGCCAAUUUCACAGUUCACUCAAUGGGAAACAGCGCCGCCCUCGCCGCCGUCGCACCGCAGGCUGAGGUAGCAGAGGUUCUGAGCCACGAGAAUCAAACCCAGUAUCGCAAAUUCGACUCCUCUGCCAUCAAAACAUUCUCUGUUACAAACGGGAAUAAAACAACCUCCGUCGGCGGCGGCAAUGGCGGCGGCGGGAAGGUCAGGCCGGCGGCUCAUGGCACCGACGGGGACGGGAGGUUUGACCGGUCAGACUCCCGGCACGGAGCGGUUAUCCCCGGAGGUGGCGGUGCUGGGACCUCACAGGCUUACAAAACAGGGGAAACAGAGUCGGUGUCAGAGGAAGAAGAGGUUCAGCUAUGGAACUCCAUGGUGGAGGAAGCUUCAUCGAGCAUGGAGGUGGUGGAUCUGGAUCACGACACCAUGAAACGGUUCGUUUCACCGUUUUCUGCAAAGAUCGAAUCCGAUGAUUAUGCUGAGUAUUUGAGAACAGAGCUCGUUUACCAAACGGGGUUGUCUCAGGAACCCAACAAUGCUCUUCUGCUUGCCAACUAUGCUCAGUUUCUCUACGUUGUUGCUCACGAUAAUGACAGGGCAGAGGAGUACUUCAAGAGAGCAAUAGAGGUGGAGCCACCAGAUGCAGAGGCGUAUAGUAAAUACGCAACGUUUCUUUGGAAAGUGAAGAACGAUUUGUGGGGUGCAGAGGAGACAUAUUUGGAGGCCAUUUCUGCUGAACCAAACAACACAUACUACGCUGCAAACUAUGCUCAUUUUCUAUGGAACACAGGUGGCGAUGACACGUGUUUUCCUCUAGAUCUAUCUUCCCCAGGCCAAGAAGCUUGAGUAAAUUUCACAAAAAAUAUAUAGAGAAUAAACCAUAAGAACACAUGGAACUACAACAAAAAAAAAAUGGAAAUUUUUGUAGCUUAUAUCUUUUUUUAUAUAUUCUAAUUUUUUUAAUCGGGGUGGGGGAGGAGGAGAUGGAAUAAUCAUGAAGAUUGUAUAAUUUUUGUAAUUAUAACUGUACAUAAACUCUUACAAUGGCUCCGAGUUUAAUAAUAUGGGCACAUGUUAAUCUUUGAUUCA